UAUUAGCUGAUACUGGUCCUGUCAGAGCCCAGUGCAGGCAGAUUUCCCAGUGACUCGGGCAGCUGAAGAGCAUCCCACUCAACAUGACACCCUGGCAAAAAACUACCAAAGAAAGAUAUGGAGUUGCUAUAUGCAACUUUAAAAGCAGUGCAGUGCCACAAAUUUCCCUUCAGAUUGGAGAUGUGGUCCAUAUUGUGGAGUCCUGUGAAGAUUGGUACAAAGGAUAUCUGAUGAAACACAGGACGCUUGAGGGAAUAUUUCCAAAAUCAUUUAUUCACAUCAAAGAAGUCACCAUUCAAAAGAAAAGGAACACAGAGAACAUCAUCCCAGCUGAAAUUCCUUUGGUGCGGGAGGUAACAACAACUUUGCGAGAAUGGGGAAACAUUUGGAAACAACUUUAUACUUCAAGCAAAACAGAAAAGUUUCACCAUGUACAAUCUAUGAUGUACGAUUUGAUGGAAUGGCGAUCUCAGCUGCUUUCUGGUACUUUGCCAAAAGAUGAACUUAAAGAGCUCAAGCAGAAAGUGACCUCUAGAAUCGACUAUGGCAAUAAGAUACUUGAACUUGAUUUAAUUGUAAGGGACGAGGAUGGAAAUAUUUUGGAUCCAGACAAAACUAGUGUGAUCAGCCUAUUUCAUGCUCACAAAGAAGCAACAGAAAAAAUAUCAGAGCGCAUUAAAGAAGAAGCGUCAAAAGCUCAAAAUGAAUUUGCCAUGCAUGGGCGCAUUGCCUCUUCGCCUACUUAUGGCCUCUAUGUCUUUGUGAGAAACUUUGUCUGCAGGAUAGGGGAAGAUGCUGAACUUUUUAUGUCAUUAUAUGAUCCUCAGAAGCAAUCCAUAAUAAGUGAAAAUUAUCUAGUGAGAUGGGGGAGCAGAGGAUUUCCGAAAGAAAUUGAUAUGCUGAAUAAUUUAAAGGUUGUUUUCACGGACCUCGGAAACAAAGAUCUUAACAGAGAGAGAAUAUAUUUGGUGUGUCAGAUAGUAAGAAUCGGCCGCAUGGAUCUAAAAGAAAACAACUUGAAAAAGUGCACUCAGGGUUUGAGAAGACCUUUUGGAGUUGCAGUAAUGGACAUCAGUGAUGUAAUUAAAGGAAAGGUGGAAAGUGAUGAAGAAAAACAACAUUUCAUACCCUUCCAUCCGGUUGUAGCAGAGAAUGACUUUUUGCAUACCCUUCUCAAUAAUGUGACUGCAACAAAAGGAGAUAGCGGAGGACAAGGCCUUUGGGUGACAGUAAAAAUGCUGGUUGGAGAUUCAGUACAAAUUCGUAAGGACUAUCCUCAUCUAGUGGACAGAACUACAGUGAUUGCAAGGAAGCUGGGAUUUCCUGAAAUAAUUAUGCCAGGUGAUGUACGGAAUGAUAUUUACAUUACACUGAUAGCUGGAGACUUUGACAAAGCCGCACAAAGGAAUGUGGAGGUUAUCAUGUGUGUUUGUGAUGAAGAUGGAAAAGUGAUCCCGAGUGCAAUUUGUGUUGGUGCUGGCGAUAAACCUGUGAGUGAAUAUAGAUCAGUUCUCUACUAUCAGAUCAAACAGCCACGUUGGAUGGAAACAGUAAAGGUGGCGGUUCCAAUAGAAGAUAUGCAGCGGAUACAUCUGAGAUUCAUGUUCAGACACAGGUCAUCACAGGAAUCAAAAGACAGGGGAGAACGCAAUUUUGCUAUGUCAUAUGUGAAACUAAUGAAGGAAGAUGGUACAACUUUGCAGGAUGGUGCUCAUGAUUUGGUUGUUGUAAAGGGUGACAGCAAGAAAAUGGAGGAUGCAAAUACAUAUUUAGCUCUUCCUUCAACGCGUCAACAACUGGACAGUAAAGGAUUGACGUUCAACAGAAACAGCGGUAGCUCUGGAGGUCUCUCUGUUAGUUCACGGGAUUCUUUUUCUAUUGCAACACUUGUCUGUUCAACUAAAUUGACUCAGAAUGUGGGAUUACUCGGCCUUUUGAAGUGGCGCAUGAAGCCAGAGCUUUUGCAGGAAAACUUGGAAAAACUGAAGAUUGUGGAUGGAGAAGAAGUUGUAAAAUUUCUUCAGGAUACUCUUGAUGCUUUGUUUAAUAUCAUGAUGGAACAUUCUGAUUCAAGCAAAUAUGAUAUCCUUGUCUUUGACGCACUGAUUUACAUAAUUGGACUGAUCGCUGACAGAAAAUUCCAACAUUUCAACACUGUUUUAGAAGCUUACAUAAAGCAACAUUUCAGCGCAACAUUGGCUUAUAAAAAACUAAUGAACGUUUUGAAGAAAUAUUUGGAUAUUUCCAGCAGAGGGGAGCAGUGUGAACCGAUUCUGAGAACUUUGAAAGCACUGGAAUAUGUGUUCAAGUUCAUUGUGCGGUCGAGGACAUUAUUUUCACAGCUAUAUGAAGGCAAAGAACAGACAGAAUUUGAAGAGUCAAUGAGAAAACUGUUUGAAUCCAUCAACAAUCUUAUGAAGAGUGAAUGCAAAACCACAAUUCUUCUGCAGGUUGCUGCUUUGAAAUAUCUACCUUCAGUUCUUCAUGAUGUGGAGACUGUAUUUGAUGCCAAACUACUUAGCCAACUUCUUUAUGAAUUCUAUGCUUGCAUUCCUCCCGUGAAACUACAGCAACAAAAAGUGCAAUCUCUGAAUGAAAUAGUCCGCAGCAACUUGUUUAAGAAACAAGAAUGUCGUGACAUUUUGCUGCCCAUGAUAACCAAAGAAUUGAGAGGAUGGUUGGAACAAGGACGACAAGAUGUACCUCAGAUAAAAGAAAAGAAAUUAUGUGUGGAUUUACUUAACAGCAUCCUUGAGGUGCUUAGCUCUCAAGAUGUGACAUCAACAUAUUAUCACAUCCGGGAAAUAAUAGUGCAACUUCUCCGAACAGUGAACAGAUCUGUCAUAAUGAUGGAACGUGAUCAGGAUUUAACUAGUUAUUUUGUGGCAUGUAUGACCGCUAUCCUGAAUCAGAUGGAUGACCAGCACUAUACAUUGUACAUUGAAACUUUUCAGUCAAGUUCAGAUUUGGUGGAUUUUCUAAUGGAGACAUUUAUAAUGUUCAAGGAUCUAAUAGGAAAGAAUGUUUACCCUUCAGAUUGGAUGACUAUGAGUAUGAUGCAAAACAGGGUGUUCCUGCGAGCCAUCAACAAGUUUGCCGAAACCAUGAAUCAGAAAUUUCUUGAAAACAUGAAUUUUGAAGUACAGCUGUGGAACAAUUAUUUUCACCUAGCAGUGGCUUUCAUCACCCAAGAUUCCUUGCAGCUUGAAAAUUUCUCUCAUGAUAAGCGCAAUGAAAUUUUGGACAAGUACGGAGAUAUGAGAUGUCUUAUAGGCUUUGCAAUUCGUGAUAUGUGGUACAAGCUUGGUCAGAACAAGAUUUGUUUUAUUCCUGGAAUGGUUGGGCCGAUUUUAGAGAUGACCCUAAUUCCAGAAGUGGAAUUACGCAAAGCCACCAUCCCCAUCUUCUUUGAUAUGAUGCUUUGUGAAUAUCAACAUAAUGGAGACUUCAGGAAGUUUGAAAAUGAAAUUAUACUUAAAUUGGACCAUGAAGUGGAAGGAGGUCGGGGCGACUGGAACCACAUGCAAUUGUUUGAAACAAUACUGCUUGGUUACUCUGCAGACCAUCUUUAUAUCUCUAAGGCGAUGGAAAGCUUUGUGAGCCUGAUAAAAGGCCUUGUGGAGAGGUUAUUGGAUUACAGAGCAGUGGUGACUGAUGAGAGCAAAGACAACCGCAUGAGCUGCACAGUAAACUUACUGAAUUUUUACAAAGACAUUAACCGUGAAGCAAUGUACAUUAGAUACUUGUAUAAGCUCAGAGAUCUUCAUUUGGAUUGUGAGAAUUACACUGAAGCUGCUUAUACCCUUCUUCUUCAUACUAGACUUUUGAAGUGGUCAGAUGACCAGUGCUCCCCUCAGGUCAUGCAGACAGAGUUCCAGAGCUCACAAACAUACCGACAACUGAAGGAGAAUUUAUAUGGAGUCAUUAUUGGUUAUUUCGAUAAAGGAAAGAUGUGGGAGGAAGCGAUUUUGCUUUGCAAGCAAUUGUCAGACCAGUAUGAAAUGGAAAUCUUUGACUACGAGCUCCUAAGCCAAUGCCUGACUCAACAAGCACAAUUCUAUGAAAACAUAAUGAAAAUACUUCGUCCCAAGCCUGAUUACUUUGCGGUCGGAUACUACGGCCAAGGCUUUCCAACAUUCCUCCGGAAUAAGGUGUUUAUCUAUCGCGGCAAAGAGUAUGAGAGGAGAGAAGAUUUUCUUGCACAGCUGAUGAGCCAGUUCCCUUUUUCUGAGAAGCUAAAUACUACAUCAUCUCCUGGAGAGGAAAUAACAAAUUCUUCUGGACAAUACAUUCAAUGUUUUACAGUCCAGCCAGUGCUUGAGGAGCAACCUCGCUUUAAAAAUAAGCCGGUACCUGAUCAGAUUAUUAAUUUUUACAAGUCGAAUUACGUGCAGAGAUUCCACUAUUCAAGACCUGUCAGGAAGGGGUCCAUUGAUCCUGAAAAUGAAUUUGCUUCAAUGUGGAUUGAAAGAACAACCUUUGUCAUAGCGUAUAAAUUACCUGGAAUUCUGCGAUGGUUUGAAGUCACCUCUAUGUCACAUACAACCAUCAGUCCACUGGAAAAUGCAAUUGAGACAAUGUCCGCAACAAAUGAGAAGAUUCUGAUGCUCAUUAACCAAUACCAGAGUGAUGAAAACUUGCCAAUUAACCCACUGUCCAUGUGCUUGAAUGGAAUUGUUGAUCCAGCAGUUAUGGGAGGAUUUGCAAAAUAUGAAAAGGCAUUUUUCACUGAAGAUUACAUGCGAGAUCAUCCUGAAGAUAUUGAAAAAUUAAACAGACUAAAGGAUCUCAUUGCCUGGCAGACUCCUCUACUUGGUGCUGGGAUACGGAUUCAUGAAAAAAGAGUGACGGAUGACCUUCGUCCUUUCCAUGACCGGAUGGAGGAAUGCUUUAAGAAUCUGAAAAUCAAAGUAGAAAAGCAAUAUGGCUUACGAGAACUUCCCGAUUUUGAUGAUGGACGAGUAGGCAGACCAAGAUCCAUGCUACGUUCCUAUCGACAAAUGUCAAUCAUUUCAAUGUCUUCAAUUGGAUCUGAUUGCUGCACUCCUAAUAAAAUUGCAAAUGAAAGCUUUGACCUUGAAGUGACAUCGCCCAAGGCCAAAAAUCAAGAGGCAGAAUCAAAUUUUCUACACGUAAAUGCUGACGCUGAUGUUAAAUUAAGGAGAGCCCGGAAAAAAAACAAGAGAAGCAGUGUGGUAUUUGCAGAGGAAAAAACAGCUGAAUCAGAAUCCAAGAGACUGUCAAGAAAGCAUGAGUUUAUGAGUGAUACCAACCUGUCUGGCCGUGUGGCCGUUCCACAAGUUUCCCCUGUUCUGAAGCAGAUGAGCUUUGCAAGCCGUUCAAUGCCAACAAUUACUGGAUUAACGUUAUCAGCUGCUAACGGGCCACCAUCUGAGGAGCAGAAUGUAUCUCACAGGCUGAGUCAGCAAAAUAUUUUUCCUACCUCUGAUGGAGAUAAGAAAACCCUGAGGAAAAGCAAAGUGAAUCAGUUCUUCAAAGCAAAGCGCUCCCAAAAGCUGUCUGAUGAUGGAAAACAACUUACUGACCAAGGAUCAGAAACACUCUCAGUAGACUUAUGAAUUGACAGACAAGAGCGGUGGCAUAAAACUGCUCACUUUCUUUAAAUCAUCCAUUAUAAUUGAAUUUUGAAUUAGUUUAAACUUUUGAUCAUAGCUAUAAGGUUCUACAAUGCCAGUAAACCAAAAAUGCAGACCAAACCAAAACUAAAGAAAUCAGAUCUGUUUAUUUAAAAAGAAAAAAUAGUUAGAUUAUAAAUAUCACUUGUACUAUAAAAUGGUUUUCCCCACAUUGGGCGCUUUAGAAUUUUUUUUUGUGUGCUAACUGCGCUCAAAGAAAACUUUUUUUACACAGGCAGGUUAGUGAGCAGAUUACAAGUUGAAACCAAAAUGUUAGCGCAAGAGUGAAACCCGAUGCACACUAACGUAAAGACUUUGUUUAUCAUGACCGUGUUAACUUUUUCCCCCCAUUCAUUGACUUCAAUGGAGUGCACUUAAAAUAAAAACAAUUAUCGCUUGUGUGCUAACCUGACACUGCGUAAGACCUACAUCACUAAACGAAAAGGUAAUUAUGAAUACUUUAUAUUUUAAUGUUUUUCACAUACAAUAUUUUUUUUAAAUAUAUAUUUAUAUAUAUAUAUACAGUAUAUUCACAGAUGUAUAGAAACAUAUAUUUAAAAAUACUAAGAAUAUUUCCUUCUAAGUAAAGAAAAUUGGAAU